ACCUAAUGUGGAUCAUUAGCUAUACUCUAAUGAUGACCUCCUGUGUAGUAACACAUCAAUACGAAACUAGUCCCGGCAAUUCGUGGAUGUAAAUUCGUUAACAAUGUCUGGUCAAAGUAACAUUUUUGCUGAAUUCACGUCACUCGUUGAAAAGGCUGCGUUUGUUACUGUUGAUACAGAGCUCAGUGGUUUGACUGAAGAUCGCAACAACAUUACUUCAUUGGAUGAGUACCUACUCCUCCUUCGUGAUGGCGUGACAACAUAUUCUAUGUUACAGGUAGGAUUCUGUCUGGCUGUCUACUGCUCUAGUACCCCUAACGGCAAGUGGAUGUUAUAUCCCUACAACUUCUAUGUUUAUCCCAGUGAUGACUGUGUCAUGCAUUUAAGGAGUUCGACUGUUACGUGGUUACAUGCCCAGGGCUUUAAUUUUAUGCGUUGGAUUUCUGAGGGGAGAGGAUAUCGCCGUCUUGAGUGCGAAGCUUCUACAUCCGGUCGAUCUAAGCGUCAGAAAAAAGUUAAUCGCUACGGUCUCCAGCGUUAUUUGGAGGUUAUUAAGAAACACAACAAGCCGUUGGUUGUUCACAACGGUUUGCUAGAUUUGUUACACUUAUAUGACAAGUUUAUCGGUGUGAUUCCUGAGCUACCCGGUGAUAUUUGUAACGCAUUAUAUACUAAACUGGGUCCUGGGAUAUAUGACACGAAGUAUGUAUCACGAACGCUGCAAUCACUUGGCAUCCAAGAGACAUUAAAGGUCAACUCAUUGGAAACGAUAUAUCGUUACUAUGACGAGCUCGUUAAAUUUGGCAGUAUCACCGAGAUUUGUGACACUGAAAGCCACUUAAAUUAUAGCAAGUGUUUUUCCAAGACCGGUAUGAGCAAACUUGCACUCGUCCACGAAGCUGGGUUUGAUGCAUUACUGACAGCUAGGGUUUUCGCUGGCCAAAUAUCGCUAAUCACUAAGGCUGAUUCGCUACCUCCGGACUACGUACCAGUACAUUCAGACGAUCCAACGGACAUGGGUACCACAUUAUCUGCGGUUAUCAACCGAGUUAACAUUCACGAUCAAAUUGGUAUCGACUGUGUAAAUUUGUUGACUGGUACCGGUUAAUGGG